AUGACGACAGCCAACGAGUUCUCAAAAUCAGUUGAUAUGGGACUCAGGUUAUCCCAACGUAUAUACUACGGAAAAGACCAUGCUCCAAAACCAAACAUAAUGACAAAGUGUCGAACGUUACAAUCACAGUCUUCAACUUCAUCCACCUCAUCAUUCCGGUUAUCAGAUAAGCAUCAUCCUACGGCUCCGAUGGUAUAUGCCAUGAUUAGUGACCCUGAUGUUGUAGAUAAUCCGGAUAUUCGGAGCUACCAGCCGCAUGUGUACGGUCGAUGUAAUCCGCCCGCGUUGAUUCCGCUUUAUAUGCAUCGGAUUUCGAUGAAUGUGGAUUGUUUUUUGGACACCGCGUUUGUUGAGGUGGGGGGCGCUUGGCGGGUGCAUUGCGUUACGGCAAGCGCUUGCUGCGAUUGCCGUAUCGCGAUCCCCAUGGGAGAGAAGGGUUCACUUCUAGACAUUAAUGUUGAGACCACCAAGAGAUCAUAUUUUACCAAAUUGAUUACUCCACCUAACGAUGAAAAAGAUUCAGAUCGAGUAACCAAGGCAAAAGACGGGUUCAUGAUGAAACGCAACACAUACACCUUAAAAAUUCCCCAGGUCGAGGGUGGAUCGAUUAUCCAUGUUAAAGUUAGAUGGUCACAGAAACUUUUAUAUGAAGGUGACGAAUUCUGCCUCAGUGUGCCGUUCACUUUCCCCUCGUAUGUUUUACCUGUGGACAAGACGAUUACAAAAAUAGAAAAAGUGUCGCUAAAUGUGAACUCUGGUACUGAGACCAUGAUCACAUGUAGAUUUGCAAGCCAUCCCUUGAAGGAGGUGCAACAACAAGCUGGGGAAGCAAGCUUCUUAUAUGAGGCUGAAGUUCUUAAAUGGUCCACUCAAGACUUCUAUUUUGCUUAUUCUGUAUGCUCGAAUGAGAUCAUAGGUGGCCUGCUCCUGCAGCGACCAUCUCUAUAUGAUUCCGAUCAAAGAGACAUGUUUUGCUUUUAUCUUUUUCCCGGGACUAACAAGGAUAACAAGGUUUACAAAAAGGAAAUGAUAUUUUUACUAGACAUAAGUGGGAGCAUGCGCGAUGCCCCUCUUGAGCAAUCAAAAUACGCGAUCACAGCGUCCCUCUCAAAGCUUAACCAUGGAGAUUUGUUUAAUAUCAUCGCGUUUAAUGGAGAUAUUCAAUCGUUUUCGUCUUCAUUAGAGUUGGCAACAGAAGAAACAAUCACAAAUGCAACUGAAUGGAUGUGGGACAACUUGGUUGCUAAAGGAGGUACUAACCUUAUGUCCCCAUUAAAACAGGCAAUUGACAUGGUUGGUAAAACUAGUGAAUCUGUUCCUCUUAUCUUUCUCAUUACUGAUGGCACCGUUGAAGACGAAAGAGAUAUCUGUAAUAUGAUCAAAUGCAGCCUCGUGGACGGAGGCAUGAAUUCUCCCAGAAUUUGCACAUUUGGCAUAGGUUCAUACUGUAAUUAUUAUUUCCUGCAAAUGCUUGCAUAUCUUGGAAGGGGUUACUAUGAUGCUGCACAUGAUGUAGAUUCAGUUGGUGAUCGCAUGCAACGGCUGUUAGAUAAUGCGUUAUCUCCUCUGCUUGCAAAUGUAACCCUUGAUACAUUAGAAAAUCUUGAAUCAUAUGAGUUGUACCCGUCUCGUAUUCCAGAUUUGUUAACUGGAAGCCCAUUAAUUGUAUCGGGUCGAUACCAAGGGAAAUUCCCUGUAUUUGUGAAAGCUAGAGGUUUACGGGCCGAUCUAAGUACUUAUGUGAUUGAUGUUAAAGUGAGAAAGAUAACAGACACACACUUGGAAAGGGUAUGUGCUAGGAUGGAAGUGGAUAUACUCACAGCACAUGCUUGGUUAGACCAAAACACACAUAUGGAAAAGAAGAUUGCAAAAAUGAGCUUACAAAGAGGAGUUCCUUCCGAAUACACCUGCAUGAUUCUAGUUCAGAACAGCAAAGUAAAACGGACCCUAAAAUCACUUCUGCUAGAUGAGAAGCGGUCAAAACCGAUGAACCAGAAGACGAUAUGCUUGAGGAAUAUAUGUGUUGGAUUUGGUAACUUGAAGGCCACGACUGAAAAUUUACCUCCAGGAAUUGAAGAUGUAAAGUUGAAUGAAGCUGUAAAAAUGGUGAUGAAGGCUGCAACAUCGUGUUAUGGGUUCAUGGCUAGUUGGGGCUGUUGGAGGUGCUUGUUGCAGACUUGGUCUCAGGUCAAAAACGAUCAAUGUGCUCUUGCUAUCGCCCAACUUUGCACCGCUCUUGCCUGUCUUGAGUUUCUUGAUUGUUGUUGUGAUUUGUGCGAUUCGUGUAUUGAUUUAUGCCAGUAGAAACUAUAUGCUAAACACUAUACAUGCUGUAUUAUCAUAAAUGGUUAUAUUUGUAUAAUAAUGAAU